UGAAGAGGAAAGAGAAGAGCUGGGGUCUUCCUCCAAAUCUUCCCUUUCCAUCAAAGGUAGUUGUCAAUGGGACCCCAAGUUCCUUGAAGUUUACCAGCUCAAGAAACCCUAUGCAUGGAUAUAGUUGGUCUUUUCGUCAAUCCAGAUGCCCUCAAAGAGCCCAAUCCACGAGUCCCCUGUUUGGCAUUCACUCCAAAGACAGUGGAAUAGAUUUGAUAAACAAUGCAGAGGACCAUAGGCAACCUCUCAGCCCAAGUGUCGGAAGGAGGCAUUCUCUAUCCCGUCUCCCAAACGGCGAUGCAAGAAAACACGGUCCUUUGCAGCCCUUGGCUAGAAGGCGAUGGAGCGGAUCAGGGCCAGACUUGCGUCGACCCUUCAGAGAAGAGGGCCAAAGAGAAUCGGAAACGGGAGCAGCACUUUGGAGCAGAGAGAGAAAUUUGGAGGUGGAACUCAACUUGAUGCAGUUUGAGCUGUUCUCCCUCAAACAGAAGAUGGAGAACUCCUUGGCUCACCUGGAAAAAGAAAAGAAAUGGCUGGAGACGAGUUUCCUGGAAAACCGGAAGCAAGAAGGAGACUUGGAUAAGAAGAUCUUUAACGUGGAAAUGGAGUUGGAGAAAACUAAGACUUAUUUAGGCCAAAGGAACCAGAAAUCCUUGCCAGAAGCAUCCACAGAUUCCAGCCAAAAUGGAGUUGCGGAGAAAGUGGCCCUCCACCAGCAGGUUGAGCAGCUGACUCUGGAGCUGGAAUGUAUCCAGAAGCAGAAAGAAGCCUUCCAGGACCAAGUCUCAGCUCUCUGCUUGGAGCUUUCUGAUGCCAAGAGCCAGGUCCAUGACCUAGACAAGGAGAAAGUCCUCAUGAAGGAGGAGCUGGAGUCCACCAGACAGGCGAAGGAAGAGCUUUUGUCCGAGGUGGCUGAAAGUCGCCAGAGGCUUGAGGACUCUUUGGGAAAGCUCCAUCACAUGGAAACGGAGAAGAACGUCCUAGACAACCGUAUCCAGGCCCUGGAAAGUGAACGUUCACGCCUGCUGGAUGAGAGGGAAGCCGUCCACUCAGAGAACCAGGCCGAUGGGAGAAAGCGGGAGGAGGAAACAAAGGCUCUCCAGGAAAGCUGUGGAAAUCUCAGGGAGUCUCAGGCCUUGCAGCAAAGGCAGAAGGAGUGCCUUCAGGCAACGAGUUGCCAGGAGCUGGAAGUGGCUUUGCACCGCAAGCUGGUCGAGACGGAAAACCAGUUGGCGGAGCAAAAGCAAGUCUCCCUUUACUGGAAGGAGAGAUGGGAAGAGGCCGCUGCCGCCUUGAAGACCAAAGAGGAAGAACUGGAGGCCGUUCGGACGCAAAGCCAGGCCUUCUCGGCCAAGGCAGACGCUCCCUUGCUUCUCCAGAUCCAGUUGGAUGCUUGCAAGCAGGAACUGGAACUAGAACGGAGCCGCAGCCAAGCUCUGCACCACCAAAUCCAGCAGUUGCAGCCCAGCAGCCAAAGCCAGGCUGCUCCUCCACAUCAGGGCCGCCAUCCGGAACCAGGUGCCAAAGCCAUCCGGAGUCCCCAGCAAGAGCAGGAGAGCCUCAAGCUGCAGCACCAGCUGGUGACCCAACAGUUGAAGGGGAUUUUCAGACAGCGGGCGCAGCAGAAGCAAAGCAGCCAGAAGUCGGGAAGACUCCAGGAAGGAAGUUCCGCCGUGUCUCCUGCAUCUCAAGGAACUCUGGUUGGAACCGAAUCCCUCCAGUUUUCUGCAGAAGGGGAACCUGAAUCGCAGGACAUUGGCUGCAGCAGAGAAGAAGCAGAGAGUCUGAGGCAGCAGCUGAAACAAAAUGCGGAAAGGAUUUCCUCCAUGGCUUCUGAAAUUGAGGCUUUGAAGCAGAAGAAUGAGAACCUUGUGAAAGGUAAACUGAGGUUUCAGCAGCAGAUCCAAGAAAUCCGCAGGCUGUCGAGGCAACAGCCGGAAAAAGGCACCCCAAACUUGCCGAUUCCUAGAUCAGCGGACAAGCUGCACCUGGAUUUCGAAAGCACUCAGGAGAGCGGGAGCUCCUUGCCUUCACCCCAAAGCGACGAACCCACCAUCACCAUGCAUGGCCAGGAAAAGCUAACGGUGGCUUUGCAGCAUCCUUCACUCUCCAGGGAUGAGGACAAGGAAGGCCACCUCUCCGCUGAUGGCACGGAUGCUCGGCAUUCCUCCCUUGUGGGUCCUACAGUCCAUGAUUCCCCCGUUGUUGUGGCACAUCUCCAGCUGCAUCCAGAUGUUCCGGAUCCCUCCACGCCUUCCAUAAGGCUUCCCUCAGAUGAGGAACUCGCUGUUCUCCAUGAGGCCCCGAACCCUGCGGAGAGCGAAGGGGCAUUUCUCAGGCCCCAGAGCCCAGCCCUGUUAUCCCCAAGGCCUUUUGGGCUCUCCAGACCAUGGUCCCCCUUUAAAUCCAGAGCAAGCCCUGAACAUUCAGACAACUGAAGGUAGGGAGGACAAGCAUGUCCUAGAUGAGUGUUUCUCAACCUGGGGAGGGGGUCGCAAGGGGGUGUCAGAGGGGUCACCAAAGGCCAACAGAAAACACAGUAUUUUCUGUUGGUCAUAGGGGUUCUGCGUGAGAAGUUUGGCCCAAUUCUAUUGUUGGUGGGGUUCAGAAUGCUCUUUGAUUGUAGGUGAACUAUAAAUCCCAGCAACUACAACACCCAAAUGUCAAGAUUCUAUUUUCCCCAAA